AUGGCGGAUCCACAAGUACACUGUUUCGAAUACCCGCCCCCUCCUAAAGUAAGAUGUCUCAAAUGCGCUAAGUGUUUCGGUGAUGAGGGGGUGGGGAAAGUAAGGAGCGAAUACAGCGACCCGUCGUAUCUAUCAAAACAUCUUAAAAAGUUCCACCCGGGAGACACAAUAAUUUAUAAAUGCUCCAAAUGCAACUAUAUACCAAAAGGAAAAUACCAUACGUAUAGACAAGUGAAGGCCCACUUUAUCAAAUGCCAUGUGUCUCCCGCGGAAGAUACGGCAUGUCCAAGCACUCGCGGUAGCCUCGGCGAGUGCAAUAGUGGGGCCCAAUCAUCGUUUAGUGGUGUGGCUAGAGCGACCACGCGACUGGCGGAGACGGUUGGAGGUCCGGAUAGGCGCCAGGCCGCGACAUCGGGUUCGCGGCAACUCACGCUGCCGUCCACUGCCACCCCUUCGCCAACAACAUCGAGGGCCAAUCAGAGGACAUCCACAACACCGAUGAAUAAUUCUCCCUCAUACGCGGCAGUCACAGCGGGCCCAUCGACAAGGAGCACCACAUCCUCCACCACAGCCCGCAGUAGGACUGUCGCGAAGAGCGCCGCGCCAAUCACAACAGCAGCCAGGAGAUCCGGCGAGGCCGCCGCAACGAGGAAGUCGCCGACGACCGCCACGGUGAGUAGACCACGUGUGACGUCGGUAGAAGUUGUUAGAUUGCCUGUCAAGUCCAUCCCCAAAGCAGGUGUGCAGAACGCGGCCAAGCCGGUACGCGCUCCCUCUCACCCCCCGCAGAGAACAUCACUGGAGGCGGGGGGUCCACGUCCACCAGUGGCAAAGGAGAAAUGUGGAGAGGGAGCAGUGAAGAAGUUGCCCGCCAAUAAGGAGCCACCAAUUUCAACCAGGACCAGGCGGGCAACUAGCGUGCCGGCUGAGAAAAGCGAAGACACGGCAAGGCGGGAGCGCGUCUCCCCACACCCUCCUCGUCAUAUAGAGAGUAAUAUCUCACUAUUAUCAUCUGACGAGGAGGGCACGCAAUUUCAACCCAACGGCGUGGGGAGACUAAAGCUAAAGAGAACGAAGGCGACCGGACCACCCCCCAAGACGACAUCCAAUGAGAGGGUGGUCACGAGAUCGAGACGGUCGACCAGCGCUCCCGUUGAGAAGAGUGCAGUGGAUGCACGCCUGCUAGCUCCGGACCGGCCAUCGUCCAGAGCGACAGGCAACCUGACGUCGCCAAUCGCAGGGGGCCCAAUCAACAUCAUGGACCAAUGGAGGACGCCCCCUGCGAUGCUCCCCAGCCUGCCUCCGACAACCAGAGGCAGCCCAGCGGGGAGCCCAGGCGAGAUAUUAAUAUCUCUCUCGCCGGCGACGUCGCUACCGACGACACUCACCACGUGCACGGUGACGACGACCACUUGUGGAAGCCCAAUCACAUCCACGGGCUUCACAGGUGGCGUGGGGAGGCAAACGACACCUCCAACUUGCCUCCCCCAAAGGAACAUCCUCCCGACCAUCGGGGAGGAAAGAACGUCACCAUGCGUGGCGGUCACAACACCACCAAUAGGCGACUUCAAUACAUCCCCGUUCAUCCAACCAGGGCCAUCGACACCGGAGCCUGAGCGGGGAUUGGAGGAGCGGCGGCAGGAAGGCGCGGCGUCCAGGACACCUAUUACUGAGGGGGACAACCAAUGGGGUGGCCAGUGGACGGUGAGCGUGGGAAGAAGAGCGAAGAGGAGGCUGCAAGAAAACAAUAGAUCCCCCUCCAAUCCCGAGUGCCCGCCAACCGCUGGACCAUCGCGUUCGCCGCGCAUAGCCCCACUAUGUGCACUUAUAGCAGCGUCGACGAGCCAUCACGACCAGAGCCUAAACGUCGAAAGAACGUACGACGAUAUCUGCCAAAGGAAGACUCCGCCCCGUAACACAUUGCCAAUAGAGGCGGAGCGACGACGCCGGGAGACAUAG